AUGAAUACCCCAGCUGGGCCAUCGCAGCCAGCAGGCCAGCCAGCCUCGGUACAGGAGUUCAAAAUUCGUGUGCCAAAGAAUGUCAAGAAGAAGUACCAUGUAAUGCGUUUUAAUGCUAAUCUUAAUGUGGACUUUGCUAAGUGGACACAUGUUAAGAUGGAGAGAGAAAAUAAUAUCAAAGAAUACAAGGGAAUUGAGGAAGAUAUGCCUAAGUAUGGUGCUGGAUCUGAGUAUGGAAGAGGCUUAAGAGAAGAGGCUAGGAGAAAAAAGUUUGGUAUUAUCUCCCGCAAGUAUAAACCUGAAGAUCAACCCUGGAUUCUGAAAGUAGGAGGGAAGACUGGAAAAAAAUUUAAAGGUAUUCGUGAAGGUGGUGUAUCAGAAAAUGCCUCGUAUUAUGUGUUCACACACGCAGCAGAUGGUGCCAUCGAUGCUUAUCCCUUACAGGAAUGGUACAAUUUCCAGCCCAUACAGCGUUACAAAGCUUUAUCUGCAGAGGAAGCUGAGCAGGAGUUUGGAAGACGCAACAAGGUGAUAAAUUACUUUUCUUUGAUGUUCCGCAAGCGCAUGCGUGGUGACGACGCCGCUGAUGAGGAAGAUCCGGACGAGAAGAAAACCAAAACCUCGAAGGCGAAAAAAGAACUAAAGAUAUCUGAUAUGGACGAAUUAAUGGAAUCCGAUGACGACUCAUCUGACUCUGAAGCAGCUGAAAAGGAGAACGAAGAUAGUGAUUCAGGUGCUAAGAAAAAGGCGAAAAAGGGCGCAGUAGCAAAGAAGAAGAAGAAAGUAGAAGACGAGGCUUUUGAAGAGAGUGAUGAUGGAGAUGAGGAAGGACGGGAAAGAGACUACAUUUCUGACUCCUCUGAGAGUGAGUCAGACCAUGAAGGCAAAGCGAAUAAAGAACUGAAAGGUGUGGCUGAAGAAGAUGCCCUUAGAAAGCUUCUCGGCUCUGAUGAAGACAGUGAAGAAGACGAAGAGCAGAAACAGGAAUCUGAACAAGAAGACGAACACACGAAAGAGGGAGAAGAGAGAGCCAGUAAGCUCACUAAGAAAAAGAAGAAACCUGAUGAUAAGAAAGAAUCUGAAACAGAAUUCAGCUCGGAUUCCGACACUGAUCCUGAAAGUAGCAACAAGAAACCUAAAAAGAACAAAAGCAGUUCUGAUAAAGCACUUAAUAAUGUCAGCGCCUCGGGCAGUGCGAACACGUCUCGAGCUGGUACUCCGACUCCUACAGCAGCUCAAGCAGCUGUUGCCGCUGCUAACGCGAAUACUAGCAAUCAGCCGGCAGCCAAGCGCGCUAAACUUGACCCAGCCUAUACUGAAUGCGGUGUCACAGAAGAAGCGGUGAGGCGUUAUCUUGCGCGUAAGCCGAUGACUACAACCGAACUUCUAACAAAGUUUAAGUCAAAGCGCACUGGCGUCAGUAGCGAACGCCUAGUGGAAACGAUGACCCAGAUCCUCAAGCGAAUCAAUCCAGUCAAGCAGAAUAUUAACGGCAAAAUGUAUCUUAGUAUUAAGCCUACCUGA